AUGUGGCCUGAACUAAUUCGUCUUGGUCUUGUCCGUAUAUUUUAUCCUUGUUUAAUGAUAUUUGGUACUAUAGGUAAUAUAUUAUGUUUGAAAAUUCUUUUACGAAAACGUUUUCGUCGUCAAUCGACAUGCCAGUAUUUAUGUAUACUUGCUGUUAUUGAUAUUUUAUUUAUUUAUAUGAGAUCGGCGAGAUUUUUAUAUCGACAUAUAUUUCAUGUCGAUUUACGUAAUACAUCAUUGUGGAUGUGUCGAUCAUUUAUAUUCUUUUCUUCAACACUUUCACAUUUAGCGUCAUGGAUACUUGUUAUUGUUAGUUUGGAUCGGUAUUUCAUUAUGAAAAAUCUUUUUCCAGGUCGUUAUGUUGGAUGGCGUGUGAUUAAAUCAACAUGUGUUCUUUUUAUUAUUGUAUGUCUUGUUAAUAUGCACUACUUUUACAUUGUAGGCAUUGACAUGAAGUUACGUAGUGCAGCAGUGCACAAAAAUAGAAAUGUUUCUAACGAAACCUAUCAUAUAAUAACUAGCUUCGUAUGCAUAGCACCUUUACAAUAUAAAAAAUUGUUUGCUUUAUAUAUACCAAUAUUUGACUUACUUUCUGUCGCUAUUAUUCCAUGUUUUCUGAUGAUAUUUACAAAUAUAGGUAUAAUACGUACUACGAAACAUACUGGCAUUUUGUUAACAUCCAGAAAACAAAAACGAAAUAAUCGUCUUACGAUCAUGUUAUUAUCAGUUACAUUAGCCUUUAUGCUUUUAACAUGUCCCUCAGUCAUAUAUAUAUGUAUAAAUCGUUUCACCUCACCAACCGCAGCUUCCGAUACAAAGCUAGUCGUCAUUGAUCUGCUUGAAUCAUUGUGGUAUACGAAGCAUGCAUUAAAUUUUAUAUUAUAUACAUUAAGUGGGCAAGAUUUUCGAAGAGAAUUUCGAAAACUAAUAUUAUGUCCAAAAAGAACAGCACCCAAUACAACAAGAUAUCAACGACGACGACGACACCAACAACGAAAAGCAAAUAAUCUUAUUUUAACAAAUGUUUAUGCUUCUUCACAGCGAACACCUUCGAUUAAUAUUCGUUUACAUAAAUUAAAGAAAAAGAGGCAACAUCAUAUAGGAAAUAAUGUAUCGAACAUGAUUUAUGAAAAUGUAAUACAAGAUAAAAUUAUUGAUGAUGGAGAAAGUGCUAUUGGUGGGGAAUGUGAGUUGCCUUCUAUUGAUUUAAAUAAACUAUCACGGGCAAUUAAUUGUGACGAACUAGAAAGAACUUCGUUGUAA